UGUCUCGGGAUUGUCACCGUGUCCUCUGAAGAGUUACUGCAUCGGCAGAAGAGAGUCUGGAUCAUAGAAACUUUUAAGAUCGAAGAGUCGAGGCCUGGACCUUAUCCUUAUGAACUGGGGAAAGUAAGUAAAGACCAUAGUCUUUUGUCGAGAGAGUGGAAUUUCCUCAUUUUUCCAUGUAAUCACGUGCAUUGAGUUGAAACACACACACAUGCACACACGCAUGCAUACACACGCGCACGCAUACACACAUGCAGACACACACACACACACACACACAAAGUCACACACAAAGUUAUGCAUUUAAUUGAUGUGUUGUUUUGUUUUAUAUUAAUGUUGAGGAGAAGUUCAAGGUGGGUUUCCAUCUAAAAGAUCAUGGUGUUGAUCUGGAGCCCAAAGGAAAACUGUCCAUCGACACAGACACUGGAAAGAUCUUAGUUCAUGGAGAACUAGACUACGAGCUUUGCCAGAUACUUAAGGUGAGAAGGAAGGGAACUCAUUAUUGCAUAAAUGUUAGUUUAGUUUGGUUUAAUUUAGUUGUCUUUAAUUUAUUGCUAGAUUUUUUUGAUUGUUUGUUUGAUUGGUUGAUUAAUUACUUGAUUGAUUCAUAUCGUCGUUAUCACAUGGGACUACAGCUGACAUUUGAGGCCAGAUAUGAAUCCAGUAACCAAGCACACACCCAACUGGGAGUGGAAGUGGAGGUUCUAGACAUCAAUGACAACCCACCUGUUUUCGAAUUGGACACUUACCACACCAACCUUAAAGAGUCUGCCUCACAAGGUAGGGUGACCACCACAUGUCCCGGAUUGUGCCAGACAGUCCUGCAUUUUGGCCCUUUGUCCCGCAACCAAACAAUCAUGUCCCACAUUUUAUCAACAAAUUCAAACACACUCAUUUAGAAAAAAGGCCAAUUUGUCCCGUAUUUCAGUCAGACAUUUCGACCUGUCUCUUGCAGUCAUGUUGCGCUUAUGAAAAUAUAUACAUCACUUCUCCAAUCAUUGUUGAGAUCUGAUAUUCUGCGCAGCGCAAGACGAGAUGUAGGCCAAUGUCAUAGGCCUAUCUUCAUCCAAUCAUAUUUCUCUAAAUUUCUCUAAAUUCAAGCUAAACUUGGAGAGGACAGUUACAUGCUGACUAGCCCGGGAACACACGUGCGCCAUCGUGCAUGUUGAUUUCAUAUGUUCUCUACUCUACAAUUAAUCCACAGAUAAAAGGGGAAACCUAGUUGGUUUCGAGUAAUCUCUCCUCCUUCAGUCUUCUUCAUCUUCUGUGGACUUUAUAUGGCGGUUGGCCACCAACUGGACUGGAGUGUGGACCUCAGUUCAACUUUCAAUCACACAUGUAGGUACAGUUGAAGUCGGAAGUUUACAUACACUUAGGUUGGAGUCAUUAAAACUCGUUUUUCAACCACUCCACGAAUUUCUUGUAAACAAACUAUAGUUUUGGCAAGUCAGUUAGGACAUCUACUUUGUGCAUGACACAAUUAAUUUUUCCAACAAUUGUUUACAGACAGAUUAUUUCACUUAUAAUUCACUGUAUCACAAUUCCAGUGGGUCAGAAGUUUACAUACACUAAGUUGACUGUGCCUUUAAACAGCUUGGAAAAUUCCAGAAAAUGAUGUCAUGGCUUUAGAAGCUUCUGAUAGGCUAAUUGACGUCAUUUGAGUCAAUUGGAGGUGUAUCUGUGGAUGUAUUUCAAGGCCUACCUUCAAACUCAGUGCCUCUUUGCUUGACAUCAUGGGAAAAUCCAAAGAAAUCAGCCAAGACCUCAGAAAAAAAAGUGUAGACCUCCACAAGUCUGGUUCAUCCUUGGGAGCAAUUUCCAAACACCUGAAGGUACCACGUUCAUCUGUACAAACAAUAGUACGCAAGUAUAAACACUUUGGUGUGAAAUAUGCAAAUAAAUCCCAGAACAACAGCAAAGGACCUUAUGAAGAUGCUACAGGAAACAGCUACAAAAGUAUCUAUAUCCACAGUAAAACGAGUCCUAUAUCGACAUAACCUGAAAGGCCGCUCAGCAAGGAAGAAGCCACUGCUCCAAAACCGCCAUAAAAAAGCCAGACUACGGUUUGCAACUGCACAUGGGGACAAAGAUCGUGCUUUUUGGAGAAAUGUCCUCUGGUCUGAUGAAACAAAAAACUGUUUGGCCAUAAUGACCAUCAUUAUGUUUGGAGGAAAAAGGGGAUUGCUUGCAAGCCGAAGAACACCAUCCCAACCGUGAAGCACGGGGUGGCAGCAUCAUGCUGUGGGGGUACUUUGCUGCAGGUUGGACUGGUGCACUUCACAAAAUAGAUGGCAUCAUGAGGAAGGAAAAUUAUGUGGAUAUAUUGAAGCAACAUCUCAAGACAUCAGUCAGGAAGUUAAAGCUUGGUCACAAAUGGGUCUUCCAAAUGGACAAUGACCCCAAACAUACUUUCAAAGUUGUGGCGAAAUGGCUUAAGGACAACAAAGUCAAGGUAUUGGAGUAGCCCUGACCUCAAUCCUAUAGAUAAUAUGUGGGCAGAACUGAAAAGGCGUGUGCGAGCAAGGAGGCCUACAAACCUGACUCAGUUACACCAGCUCUGUCAGGAGGAAUGGGCCAAAAUUCACCCAACUUAUUGUGGGAAGCUUGUGGAAGGCUACCCGAAACGUUUGACCCAAGUUAAACAAUUUAAAGGCAAUGCUACCAAAUACUAAUUGAGUGUAUGUAUACUUCUGACCCACUGGGAAUGUGAUGAAAGAAAUAAAAGCUGAAAUAAAUCAUUCUCUCUACUACACUGCUCAAAAAAAUAAAGGGAACACUUAAACAACACAAUGUAACUCCAAGUCAAUCACACUUCUGUGAAAUCAAACUGUCCACUUAGGAAGCAACACUGAUUAACAAUAAAUGUCACAUGCUGUUGUGCAAAUGGAAUAGACAACAGGUGGAAAUUAUAGGCAAUUAGCAAGACAUCCCCCAAUAAAGGACUGGUUUUGCAGGUGGUGACCACAGACCACUUCUCAGUUCCUAUGCUUCCUGGCUGAUGUUUUGGUCACUUUUGAAUGCUGGCGGUGCUUUCACUCUAGUGGUAGCAUGAGACGUAGUCUACAACCCACACAAGUGGCUCAGGUAGUGCAGCUCAUCCAGGAUGGCACAUCAAUGCGAGCUGUGGCAAGGUUUGCUGUGUCUGUCAGCGUAGUGUCCAGAGCAUUGAGGCGCUACCAGGAGACAGGCCAGUAAAUCAGGAGACGUGGAGGAGGCUGUAGGAGGGCAACAACCCAGCAGCAGGACUGCUACCUCUGCCUUUGUGCAAGGAGGAGCAGGAGGAGCACUGCCAGAGCCCUGCAAAAUGACCUCCAGCAGGCCACAAAUGUGCAUGUGUCUGCUCAAACGGUCAGAAACAGACUCAAUGAGGGUGGUAUGAGGGCCCGACGUCCACAGGUGGGGGUUGUGCUUACAGCCCAACACCGUGUAGGACGUUUGGCAUUUGUCAGAGAACACCAAGAUUGGCAAAUUCGCCACUGGCGCCCUGUGCUCUUCACAGAUGAAAGCAGGUUCACACUGAGCACAUGUGACAGACGUGACAGAGUCUGGAGACGCCGUGGAGAACGUUCUGCUGCCUGCAACAUCCUCCAGCAUGACCGAUUUGGCGGUGGGUCAGUCAUGGUGUGGGGUGGCAUUUCUUUGGGGGGCCGCACAGCCCUCCAUGUGCUCGCCAGAGGUAGCCUGACUGCCAUUAGGUACCGAGAUGAGAUCCUCAGACCCCUUGUGAGACCAUAUGCAGGUGCGGUUGGCCCUGGGUUCCUCCUAAUGCAAGACAAUGCUAGACCUCAUGUGGCUGGAGUGUGUCAGCAGUUCCUGCAAGAGGAAGGGAUUGAUGCUAUGGACUGGCCCGCCCGUUCCCCAGACCUGAAUCCAAUUGAGCACAUCUGGGACAUCGCUCCAUCCACCAACGCCACGUUGCACCACAGACUGUCCAGGAGUUGGCGGAUGCUUUAGUCCAGGUCUGGGAGGAGAUCCCUCAGGAGACCAUCCGCCACCUCAUCAGGAGCAUGCCAAGGCGUUGUAGGGAGGUCAUACAGGCACGUGGAGGCCAUACACACUACUGAGCCUCAUUUUGACUUGUUUUAAGGACAUUACAUCAAAGUUGGAUCAGCCUGUAGUGUGGUUUUCCACUUUAAUUUUGAGGGUCUCCAAAUCCAGACCUCCAUGGGUUGAUACAUUUGAUUUCCAUUGAUAAUUUGUGUAUGAUUUUGUUGUUAGCACAUUCAACUAUGUAAAGAAAAAGGUAUUUAAUAAGAUUAUUUCAUUCAUUCAGAUCUAGGAUGUGUUAUUUUAGUGUUCCCUUUAUUUUUUUGAGCAGUGUAUUAUCCUGACAUUUCACAUUCUUAAAAUAAAGUGGUGAUCCUAACUGACCUAAAACAGGGAUUUUUUACUAGGAUUAAAUGUCAGGAAUUGUGAAAAACUGAGUUUAAAUGUAUUUGGCUAAGGUGUAUGUAAACUUCCGACUUCAACUGUAUAUGCACCUAAAAACCAAUGAGGAGAUGGGAGAGGCGGGACUUGCAGCGUGUCAAGCGUCAAAAAUAGAACCAAGUUCUCUUUUAGCGCCUGGCUACGCAGACGCUCGUUGACAUGCACGAGCAAUUUGGAUGAAAUUGUCGAAAAACAUUUUGUAACGCUCUCGCACGUGAGUUUGUUUGUUUGUUUCUUUUCUUUCUUUCUUUCUAUCUUUCUUUCUUGUAUUUAUUGCAGAUAAAGGAAAACCACACUGUAGGUGGUUAUGAGUGUGAAUGUUUAUGAUGUAUUGUUAAAACCGACACAAACUGCAGACAUUAACAAUGGAUUUUGUUGCGAAACCACGCACAGAGUAAACAUUUUCAGUGAACCUGCAUUUUCCUUCCUCAUUAUGAAUUUGGGGCCUUUGAAACCAUCAAAUCAAAUCAAAUCAAAUUUUAUUGGCCACAUGCGCCGAAUACAACAGGCGUAGACAUUACAGUGAAAUGCUUACUUACAGCCCUUAACCAACAGUGCAUUUAUAGUCCGGGUAGCCGUGAUUAGCUGUUCAGGAGUCUUAUGGCUUGGGGGUAGAAGCUGUUGAGAAGUCUUUUGGACCUAGACUUGGCACUCCGGUACCGCUUGCCGUGCGGUAGCAGAGAGAACAGUCUAUGACUAGGGUGGCUGGAGUCUUUGACAAUUUUGAGGGCCUUCCUCUGACUAACCUUAACUCUCUGUUUCCUAUCAUGUCAGGAGAUUCCCUGAUAGCUGUAAUGGCAACAGAUAAAGAUCAAAGCAGCACAAACAAUGGCACAUUUGACCUGAAGAUUGUCUCCGUCACCCCUACACCCCCAGACAACCUGGAGUUUUUCCUUGAGCAAAGUAGUAAAAAUGGAACCAUCAAAUUCAAAGGGUGUCUGGACCAUGAGGUAAGAGGGGCCUCUAUGUAUCUAUAGUAUUUCUUUCAUUAACUUUUAACUAUAGUGUGACUGACUGUUUCAAUCAUCCACUUCAGAAAGCAGAGAAAUACACCAUCCUGGCGGAGGCUAAAGAUCGUGGAGAGGUUGUUCAGCUCUCCAGUAACUGUACAGUCAUCAUCAAUAUAGUGGAAGGAAACAACCAUCUGCCUGUCUUCACUGGGCAAACGGUGGGCAACAUCAUUCUAUCCUCCUCACUUCUUCACAAGAACUCGCGGGAGUAUUUGAUCAAAUACAUGAAUGAAUCUCCAUAACCUCAACUGUGACUCUCUUAUAAUGUUCCAUCAUCCUGAGAAAUGUUAUUUCAGGGUGCAGGAAACAUCAAGGAGAAAGACAGCAGUGAUGUACCAGUUCUUCAGCUUCAAGUUUCAGACCAAGAUACCAAAGGUACUGAAGCCUGGAAGGCCAAAUACACUAUCCACGGAGACAAGGACCAGAACUUCAGAAUCACCACUGACCCAGAGACCAACGAAGGAGUCUUGUUUCUUGAAAAGGUCUGUUACCUGUCAAAUAAGUCAAUGCCACCUAAAUAAGAUAAUGUAUUUGAAAUUACUCACAUUUUCUGCAAUUUACAUUAAGUUGUUGUAUGAAAAAUUUAUGCACUCACUAACUGUAAGUCGCUCUGGAUAAGAGCGUCUGCUAAAUGACUAAAAUGUAAAUGUAUUAAUCAUCUUAUGUUUUUUUGUUUUGUUUUUUGCAAUCAAACUAAUAGCAGACCUGUAGUAGUAGCUGAUGAACUGUGCUUAAAGCUGUGGUUGCAAUAAUCAUAUCCCUGUAUCCAUUUGUUUGACUAAACACUAAAUCAUCCUUCUAAAACCCACAUUCUCCCUCUGUCUCCUGCCAGCCUCUGGACUAUGAGGACGGCUCUCUGAAGAACCUGUCAGUCAGCGUGGAAAACGAGGUGCCCUACUUCUCUUGUAAGGUCAAAGGUCGUCCCGCCACAGGCCUGUGGAAUGUGGUCACCACAGGGGGGACAUAUUUGACAGGCAUCACACCGCCCCUGCUGUCCACCCGCAUGGUGGAGGACGUCAACGACCCCCCCAUCUUCACCCACGCCGUCAAAACUGUGAUGGUGGAGGAGAACGUGGAGGUGGGCCAUCGACCUAGACAGGAGCCACGCCAACACCUUCGCGUUAGACUGGGAAUUUACUGUUCUAUAGCAUCUUCCUACUGUUCUAAAGCAUCUCCUACUGUUCUGCAGCACCUCCUACUGUUCUGCAGCACCUCCUACUGUUCUGCAGCACCUCCUACUGUUCUAAAGCAUCUCUUACUGUUCUGCAGCAUCUCCUACUGUUCUGCAGCACCUCCUACUGUUCUAUAGCACAUCAUACUGUUCUAUAGCAUCGCAUACUGUUCUAUAGCAUCUCUUACUGUUCUAUAGCAUCUCUUACUGUUCUGCAGCACCUCCUACUGUUCUAUAGUAUCUCUUACUGUUCUAUAGCAUCUCCUACUGUUCUAUAGCAUCUCCUACUGUUCUAUAGCAUCUCUUACUGUUCUAUAGCAUAUCCUACUGUUCUGCAGCACCUCCUACUGUUCUGUAGCACCUCCUACUGUUCUGUAGCACCUCCUACUGUUCUGCAGCACCUCCUACUGUUCUGCAGCACCUCCUACUGUUCUAUAGCAUCUCCUACUGUUCUAUAGCACCUCCUACUGUUUUGCAGCACCUCCUACUGUUCUGCAGCACCUCCUACUGUUCUAUAGCAUCUCCUACUGUUCUAUAGCACCUCAUACUGUUCUGCAGCACCUCCUACUGUUCUGUAGCACCUCCUACUGUUCUGUAGCACCUCCUACUGUUUUGCAGCACCUCCUACUGUUCUGCAGCACCUGCUACUGUUCUGCAGCACCUCCUACUGUUCUAUACCAUCUCCUACUGUUCUAUAGCACCUCCUACUGUUCUAUAGCACACCCUACUGUUCUAUAGCACCUCAUACUGUUCUAUAGCAUCUCUUACUGUUCUGCAGCAUCUCCUACUGUUCUAUAGCAUCUCUUACUGUUCUAUAGCACCUCCUACUGUUCUAUAGCAUCUCCUACUGUUCUAUAGCAUCUCCUACUGUUCUAUAGCAUCUCUUACUGUUCUAUAGCAUCUCUUACUGUUCUAUAGCACCUCCUACUGUUCUAUAGCAUCUCCUACUGUUCUAUAGCAUCUCCUACUGUUCUAUAGCAUCUCUUACUGUUCUAUAGCAUCUCUUACUGUUCUAUAGCAUCUCCUACUGUUCUGCAGCAUCUCCUACUAUUCUGCAGCACCUCCUACUGUUUUGCAGCACCUCCUACUGUUCUGCAGCACCUCCUACUGUUCUGCAGCACCUCCUACUGUUUUGCAGCCUCUCCAACUGUUUAUCAUACUAGACUGGAAAUUUAGCUCAGUUCUCUGUUUUUACAGUGUAUUACCAGUUUAUUACUAUAAUUAAUUUUACUUCAGCAAUAACCACAGAUAAUUAUUGAUCUUAUCAAAAUAAAAGUGUCAUACUUUAAUAAUAUGUUGUGAUGAUAAAUACAACUUAUUUGCAUUAGUUUGCGAGAGCUGUAGCCGAACAUACAGCUAACAGGCCCAAACCAUGUCUUGUAGGUACUUAAAAGGAGUGGACCCAGGUGACUGGGUUGCAGUAGAUGCAAAGACUGGCAAAAUAACCACAACUAAGAUCUUAGACCGAGAGUCAAGUUACUUGAAGGACAAUGACACUGUUUGCUGUUGAUGAUGGUAAGAACCAAAAACAUUACUCCAAUAUAGUAAAUUAAACCAAUAUCAGUGAAAAACACUCAGCAUAUCAUCCACAGUACAACCAGUAUUUUUCAGUUGAGUUUCUCUGAUUGACAGGCCAGCCUCCCUUGACCGGAACUGGAACGCUCAACAUCCAUCUAAAGGACCAGAAUGACAACCUUCCAGAGCUGGAGAUGGCCACCAUGGACAUGUGUCUGUCAGAUGAGCCAUCCAAGGUCAACAUCACAGCCUACGACCUGGAUGGAGAGCCCUACAGCGAGACCCUUCUACUUCCAGCUCCAAGGGGACGACGUCAAUGGCAAGUGGAGGAUUGACCCUGGCAAUGGUGAGGUUUUCCUCCUCAUAAAGCCGCGGACACUCUUAGAAAAAAUGUGUUCCAUAAGGGUUCUUCGGCUGUCCCCAUAGGAGAACCCUUUUGGUUACAGGUAGAACCUUUUUGGAUUCUGAUAGAACCCUUUUGGGUUUCAUGUAGAACCAUCUGUGGAAAGAGUUCUACAUGGAACCCUAUGGGGACAGCCGAAGAACCCUGUUAGGUUCUAGAAAGCACCUUUUUUUUUUCUGUACAAACUAUCUGGCCUCUCAUUCCUCAUACAUUAUUCCAUAUCGUCUCUUUGACCCUUUACACACCACUAUUGUAGGUUUCACACACCUCAAGUAGGCCCAAGUCUCAUACUAUAGGCAGGCAUAAACUAGCUAAACUAAUUUCUCAGUACACAUCCCUCCAGGUUACACAGUGAACCUGGUGAAGCAGAAUACAGUGUACGCAGGUCACCUCGAGCUGCUGCUGAAGGUGUUUGACCAGCAGGGUCAGGGAGCCCUCCACAACCUGUCCGUCACCGUGUGUGACUGCUCCGGUGUUUCCAGCUGCCGUCUCGGCAGGGUCACUGUAACCAGGAUUGGAGUGAGCGCUGUAGGGAUUGUCAACGCUGUCAUGCUGCUACUGCUAGGUAAAUCAACCUUAGGAGUAGGGUGAAGAUUCCCCUAGAUGUUGAUCAUGGGUCAGUUUAGCAUUUUCCCCACUUAUGGUUAAGGCUAGGAUUGGGGGAGGGAAAGCUGAUCCUAGAUCUGUCUCUAGGGGAAACUUCACCCCGGAGCUGACUCUUACGCUUGAGAAUGACAUACUGUCCUACAUCCCCACCUAGUGUUGAUUUGGUAUAGUUAGUUAGAACUUCAGUUAGUGUGUGUGUGGAGAUUUGUAUUUAUUCAAAUUAAAAUGUGUGUGUGUUCCUCCUAGGUUUUCUACUGUUGUCCCUCCUGUUGACCUGUAAAAGAGAACUGAAACUGAUCCCUACAGAUGAAAACUCUGAAGAAUGUCAGAUCAAAUAUAACAUUGAAAUCCCAGGAACUGAUUGCAAGGUAACAACAGACAAUAUUAACAUCAGAUGUUCAUCUCUCGUCAUUGCUUUUUUUCCAUCAUAAUUUACAAUAUUCUGUUUUUGAUCAUAGGUACCUACACUUAUCACAAUCCAAGUGGACAGUCAGCUGGGAACAAAAGCUGCUUUUCAACCUAUCAAGAUGACGUCGGUUAGGAAACCAGCAAUAUUCAAUCACCAUUCAUCAGUAUUAUUUUGGUUCACACUGGGCAUAUUUGACAAAUGGAAAAUUGUUGAUCCAUGCAAAGUAAAUAUGAUACAGUAUCUUUCCCCAGGCUGUACAGAGGUCCGCCAGUAUUCGAGCACCGGUAUGUUCAGAGUAUUUUCCCUCAUACCAAGAGCAACAACAGGGACAGUUUCAACAAGGAACCUCUCUGCGCAAGGUAGGCUAUAGAAGUCUAAUAUAUCUACUACCUUCAUCCACUUUUGGAUGAAUUACAUUUUCAGUGGCACUGAACUACAGCAACAUUUUGAAUUUUGUUUGAGUGCGCCCACAAAAUUACACUCCAAUGGUUAUGGACAGGUAUUUCAAAAUCUAAUAUUUCAAUUAAAUCUGUCAACACUAUUUUUUCUGAGACUUUCACUUGACUAAUGUUGCAUUGUAUUGGUUGUAUGUGUGUUCUGUGUAGUGAUAGUAUGUUUCUGAUCACUCAGGGGUCAAUAAUGAGCAGAUCAAUGAUGACAAAAACAAGAUACUCCUCAUGGGGAGAAAAUAAUUGUCUCAAUAACUCCGGGCCCCUGAUGACUCUACUCAAUCAUGUAACAAUAUGCAACAGUCAUAAACAACCAUGCUCUGUGACAAAAAAACUUUCUAAUAGUGAUUUUUUAAAUCUACUAUCUGGUGAACUCUGUUUUAUUCAUUCAUUAACCUUUUUGUGACCACCAAUCCCUCUAUCUAUCCAUCCCUCCCCCUCCAGAGGAUAAGCAUCCUGCAGGUUCCCGGAGAAGAGCUGGGGGACUAUGCCCCCCACCCCUACGCUGAAGAGGGGGACCUAGAGACAGACCUCCAGCUGGAUGCUAUCUCCAUCCCUGAGACCCCCUUCGACCAGGACAAGCUACUCUACCUGGGUGCCAGUUUCAACACUCUGGCCUCCAUCUGCAACACCCCAGACCCCAGCGCAUCCUAA